AUGUCGCGGUUCUGCCGGCGCAAGUACAAGAGCGGGGACUUGAUGUUCUGCCGGCGCAAGUACAAGAGCGGGGACUUGGUGUUCGCCAAGUUAAAGGGCUACGCCCACUGGCCGGCCAGGAUCGAGCAAACGGCCGAGGCCAACCGCUACCGAGUGUUUUUCUUCGGGACCCACGAUACGGCCUUCCUGGGACCCAAGCACCUCUUCCCGUACGAGGAGUCCAAGGAGAAGUUCGGCAAACCCAGCAAGAGGAGGGGCUUCAGCGAGGGGCUGUGGGAGAUCGAGAACAACCCCGCCGUCCAGGCUUCUGGUUACCAGUUCGCCCAGGGGAAGAGCUGCGCCGAGGGGCCCAAGCCCGAGCCGGAGGCCACCGAGGGCUGUGGGGACCCGGAGAGCCACACCGACGGCGGCGGCGGCGCCGAGUCGGGGGAGCCGGGCGUCGACCCGCCGGCCGAGGAGGAGAACGAAAAGGGGCCGCUGAAGAGGAGCGCCAGGGACCCGCCGAAGGACAUCCCCAAGCGUCCCAAGGAGGCUGAUUCGGAAGAAGGGGAGAUGGAGGAGGCGGCCACCGCGGCGGAGGAUGCGAAACCGCUCCUCGUGGAGCCAGAGAACGGGCCGCCGCCGGGGGAGCAGGGGCGGGAGGAAGAGGCUGCUGAGAGAGAGGCCGAGGCCCCGGGCGUCGGAGGCCGUGAGAGCCAGUAG